AUGGCGGCAAAAACGAAGACAAGGAAAUGUCGGAACAAUGUGAAAUGCUCCCAGAUUGACGACAGUUCAAGCGAAAGUAAAUCUCAACGACACAGGAAAAGAAAAAAUGACAUGGAUAUUUUGACUCAGCCUGUUCAUUUAACUUGGGACGUUGAUGAGUCUUCUAAAAUGACAAUCUACAGCGACAUGGGUGUUGGUGAAUUGUUGUCUGCCACUGAUGAAAAUCACAAUGAAAACGAGAAUGAAGAAAAUACUGAUGGUCCAAAUGGGAGCCAGUUUGUCACUCCAUCGGAAAGUAUUGUUCCUGCCUCCUCAGUUCUGAGAAAUAGUCCAUUAAAACCUCAGUGUAGCAACAAUACUCGCCACCAUAAUGAAGUCAAUAACUAUAAAUACAGUGGUGUAGUGACACCAAAAGUUGCUGAACAUUUACAGGCCACAUGUCUACGUCUGUGGCCAGCGUCUACUCCAGGCACAGAUUAUUUUAGUCAUAUGUCAGAUGAGAUUGUUUUAAAUGUUUUCAAAUGGUUACCCCUGACAACCAUGGCAAAGUGUGCUAGAGUCUGUCGCCGCUGGAGUUCACUUGCUUUUGAUGAAUCCCUGUGGAGAAGACCUUUUUUGACUGGAAAGACUUUUAAAGAUGGUCAAAUUGGGAAAAUCUUUCUCCGUGGAAUGACAGCUGGCAAGUUUACCAAAUCAGAUAUUAUUGGGCCAGCAUAUGAUAGUAAAGAUUUGGCUGAUUUAAAAAAAGAAGAAGACGUAAUUAUACUUAGAAGGAAAUCAAAGAAGUGUGUAAGAGUGCAAUACAUAGAUAUGUCACAGUGCCAUGUAAAUCCUAAUUCAUUAGCCGAUCUAUUACAACCAUGUCAUCAGUUACGUAAACUAUGUCUGGAGUGUUGUGAAGUCAAUGACAGAGUGCUGCAUAGUUUGACUCGGACACCUGAUUUAGAAGUGUUAAAUCUGUGUAUGUGUGCUGGGAUUACUGCACAAGGCAUCACAAAGUUCUUGAACAGCUGUCAAAAUUUAAAAUCUCUGAAUAUUUCCUGGACUAGCUUAGACAGGGUGACCUUAGUGGCAGUUGUCAAUCACUUACCCAAUACACUACAGAAACUUAACAUCGGGGGAUUUCGACAUUUAUUAACUGAUGAUGAAGUUAUAAUGAUCGGAGUACGAUGUCCCAACUUGGUGGAACUAGACCUCAGUGAUUCAGCCUUAUUGAGCUCUGUGUCCAUCCACUUUCUGAUGGACAGGCUGUGUAAUUUACAGUUUUUAGCUCUCAGCAGAUGUUACAAUAUUCCUAUCUCAACUCUUGUGCAAUUAGGUGCUAUGCAGUGUUUGGUAGCCCUAAACAUCUUUGGUUUGCUCCAAGAUGCUGGUCUUCAGAACAUCAAAGCCAGUAUGCCACGUGUGGAAAUCAACCGUUAUCCUUUCUCAAGCAUUGCCAGACCUACAACUGGACAUCGCAGGAAAAGUAUCUGGGGAAUUAGAUGUUAUGAGUGA